AUGGAGACCAUGUCAUACCCUUCCUCCCCUCUCAUCCCCUUCCCCACACAACAUGAAGAGAGCAGCUACCUCCUGUGGUCUCCUCAAGUAGUGAUUCCCCCUGAGAAUGCCAACAUGUGUGAUGGUCAUGCUGAUACUUCCCCUGUUCAGCAGCAGGAUCAUGAGUUCAUGGACAUGCUGAUCCAAGAAGCCAAUGGAUUGCUUCAAGAUGAUCUCUCCAAUGGUGAUCCAUUGGCGGAUUUUGAUGAGAGGCUGGUAGGGCAAGAGAAUGGCAACUUGGUGGGUACAGUCGAGGAGGAGCUCAUGGAGAGCAGUUUAGGCGACCUCCUCGUCGCCGGUGCCAGGGCAGUCGAGGCCGGGGACUCGAUCGGCGCCUCAGCCAUCAUGUCAAGGUUCGAUGAUCUCGUUCCCGGCUUCACAUACAGAAGCUAUGGUGCUGCAGUCAGCCCAUCCAACCAUCUAGCCUGCUACUUCGCCCGGGGCCUUCAGUCCCGGAUCUCCGGUGCGCGCACCGAAAGCCAUCCGACUGCUGCACCAGCACCGGAGAACCGGAUGCCGGCGUACCGGAUGCUGCAAGAGCUGUCGCCGUUCAUCAAAUUCGCGCACUUCACCGCCAACCAGGCCAUCCUGGAAGCCACUGUGGACGACCCGGACGUCCAUGUCGUCGACCUCAACAUCGGCGAGGGCGUCCAGUGGGCGUCACUCAUGUCAGACCUCGUGCGCCAUGGCAGCAAGCCGUUCCACCUCACGGCAGUCACGACCGACGCCGAUCCCGAUGCCGGCACACGCAGUAUGGCUGCGCGGUGGCUCUCUGAGUUCGCCGAGUCCCUGAGCCUCCCCUUUCGGUACAGCUCUCUCCACCUACGCAGCGAGGAGGACCUGCAUGACUUCACCAAGAGCUACAACGGCUCAGUGAUCGUCUCAUGCGACACGACAGAUAAAUCUUACAGCUCCCUGAUCAAGCUGCAGACGCUGCUUGUCGUCAGCGUCAAGAUUCUACAGCCUAAGCUGGUGAUCCUAACCGAAGAAGAGCUGUUCAGGAUCGACCGCAAGCCGUCCCUCGGCGUCGCCUCCUUUGCGGAGUUCUUCUGCGAAGCACUGCCACACUUCACCGCAAUGCUGGACUCCCUGUCCAGCUGCUUCUGUGACGGUGGCUAUGGCGUGUGCCUGGGGCUUGUGGAGAAGGAGAUGCUGGGACCAAGGAUAGAGGAAGCUGUGGGGCAGUAUGGGUCUGUGACAGGUGGGGUCAGUGGGGAUCUGGAAGGGUGUAGGCCUUGUGAGCCGAGCAGUUUCAACAUUGCUCAGGCCAAGAUGCUGGUUGGGCUUUUCAGUAGGGGCUUUGGGGUUGUGCAUGAGGAGGGCAGGCUUGCAUUGUGCUGGAACUCUAGGCCUUUGACCUCAGUCUCUGUCUGGAGCCCUAUGUGA